AUGAAUCCAUCCGUGGUGCGUAUCGCCUUUGCCGUUGUGAUGCUGGUCGGUGUGGUUGCCGCCUCCACCGAGGACUACCAGAGCCAAAGCUUACGGGCUAUCGUGCGGGUGUACGACGAGUGCUCCAAGGCUGAGACCGGCUUCACUCCGUGUCUGAAGAAGCGCGCCAUUACCUUUAUCGACCGGUUGUCCCGUGUGGAUGCCCUUGCGCUCGGUGAUCUCAAGAUUGUAAGAAACGAGCGGUCCGCGUCGGAACCAACCAAACCAUUGACCGAGGCCGAGCUCGAGCAAAGUUUGCCCCGUGGACUGGAGGCACGCGAUGAGGCACUCACCAACAUGCUGCUCGAGAAGGUUGCCGGAAUCUUCAGCAGCCGUACGGUGCAGGUUACGCUACCGAAACUGUCCAGCGAGGAACUCGGCCGUGGAUUAGAAGAAGGCCGCGGCAAGAUGAAGAAGAUGAUGAGCAUGAUGAUCAUGGGCUUCAUGAUGAAGAUGGCAGCCAUGGUGCCGGUCGCAAUUGCCGGUCUCUAUCUGCUCGCCGGUAAGGCACUGAUCGUGUCCAAGAUCGCCCUCCUGCUGGCCGGAAUCAUCGGACUGAAGAAGCUGGUCGCCAGCAAGCAGCAGCACGGAAGCGGCUGGUCGAGCGGUGGCUCCGGACACGGUGGCUGGGAUCGACGAUCGGCCGAUGCAGCGGCGAUCGCCCAAAACAUGGCCUACAGUGCGUACGCCAAGAACCAGGCGUAA